AUGUAAGCAAUACUUAGUGGACAACAAUGUAGUUCAGCAGCUCAAUUUGUAAAAAUUGCUCAAUCCAAAACAGAUAGUAUCAAUGUUAUUGAAUUAGAAGAUAUUCAUAUUGAAAAUUCAAAGGUAAAAAUGGAAAAAAUUUUUCAAUCAAUAAAGACAGUACCAGAAACAAAAAAAAUUCAUUCAGUGAAAGUACUUCAAAAUAACACAAUUGAAUAUAAAUAUUAUUCGAACAGUUCAACAAAAAAAACUUAUCGAUUUUUAAAUUAGAACAAAUUGUAUAUAUAUAUCGUUUUUCAUUUGAUUAAGUGCCACGUUAUUUGACAUAGUAAACCUAUAUCUCAUCAACAUCUAUGUAACGCAAAUAAGAUUGUUGUAUAUGUAGAGUAGUUAGUUUGUAUU